AUGGCAGGCUACGGCAACCGCACCAACAUGUCCCCCGACCUCCCCUCGCUCGCUGACGACCACAACAACACCCGCUUCGACCUCAAAACCAACUCGCACCCCUACACUGAUGCCGACGCGCGGCCCUACGGCUCAGGCGCAACAGGCGGCGCAGGCUUCGGCAACAAGAGCGCCCCAGACCCCGUCGCGCACUCCCCCGAAGAGGCACGACAGCACCGAUUUGGAAGCGGUUCCAGCACGGAUGCGUACAGUGGGUCGACGGAGCAUGGGAGCGGGGCGACAGGUGGUGCGGGUUGGGGAAACAAGACAGGGAAGUUCACGGAGAGCCAUGAUUCUACCGUGGGCAAGUUGAUGGAGAAGGCAGGUCAUAUGGUUCAUAAUGAGAAGUUGGCUGAGAAGGGUAGAGCGAUGAGGGUAGAGCAGGGGCUAGGACAGUAG